AUGCUCGGAGAUGAUGAUCAGAGAUGGACCAUAAGGAAACCGGAGUUGAUGAUCGGAGAUGGACCAGAAGGAAACCGGAGUAAUCGGAAGGCAAAACAAGCUAGAUGGAACAGAGCCUUGAGCAAGAGGAAAACAGAGUGCUUGAGGAAGUUGAUCAAGCUGAGCGCAUCUGUGAAACUAGAUCUUGUGAAAGCUUGUAGCUUUAAGCUCACUAGCGAGAGCUAG